AUGCUGGCUGAGCUGGUCCGAAAGUUGAAAGAGAUCGACUUGGCCAAUGAGGCACGGGCCAAGCAGCGUGCGGCGGCGGUUGCCAGCGCUGCGGCGAAGGUGAAGGUCGAAGCCUCUGCUCGGCCCGUCAUGGGCCCCAAGCCUCCAGGCAGUGAGGAGGAUGGCCUGAGACCCCCUCCUUUGCCUCGGGAGCAGCACCAUCCGCUGCCGCCCAAACGGCAAAGGGAGAAGCCGGUGGCUGAAGCAAAGGUGGAGCCCAAAGAGGUCCGAGAGACGAGAGAGAUGUUGCUGAAGCCGUCGCUGCCCCCCACCCUGCCGGAGAGGCCCGUGAAUUCCUGGCCACGGACCUCUCCGAAGCAGAUGUACACAGACCAGCACGAGUAUCCGGAUCCCGUCAGAGGAAAAGAAGCUCUCAGGGUAGCUGUGGGCGCUUUCCUUUGUGGGAUCGUCGCCUCACAGGCGGACUUGUUUCCUGCGACCUGGUUUAUUUGGUCCUUCCUCUUGGUCCACCUGGUUGGCGUUCUCUUUUUGACGGACUACGCCAACCAGACAGGGCUUCUGGUGCUUUGCGCCAUCUUCGG